UCAAUUUGAUUUUUAAAUAAAUUUGAUAUCAAAUUAAGAAUAAACAAAAAUCUUAUCAACUUACUCAAAGUUACUAAAAAAUAAUCAAUUUAGGUUUUUCUCAGACAUAAUCAUGGCUGAAAUGAUAGAACAACUUAUACAAAAAAUGGGUCUCAUUGAUGAGCCCAAAAUUAUGGGAAAAACCACAGAACUCCUUCGUUUGUUGGAACUGCGCUCCACCAACAUUAAUGCCUCGAUAAAUGAAUAUGGGAAAAUUAUCCUCUGUGUUGAUUUGGCUGCUACAUUCCAUGGUAUUCCCAUCGAUCAGGAAAAUGCUCUCAAACUCUCCGGACUGCGAAAAACCCACUAUGCCAAUAAUAAGAGAAUGUUUGAAAAACUUCUCGAUCUCAAUAAACAAAUAGGAGUCAAUGAAAUCUGCACUAAAUUGGGUAUAAAUGAAUUGGCCAAAAAAGCCACUGAUUUGUUAGAAUUGUAUAAGAAUAUCGUUGAGAAUGAAGCAAACGAUAUUGAUAUCACACAUCCCCAAUAUCCAGCCAUGGCCGUAUAUCAGGCUAGUAAAUUAAAUCAAAAACGUAUUUCAAAAACGAAAAUUAUGACAAUUAGUCAUUUGCGUCCAUCUCAAUGGUCACAAUUGGAACAGAGGUGGGAUAAAAUAAUUGCUACACAUUAUACAGAGAAGAAAGAUAAAAAAGUCAAGAGUCCAACCGCAGAUACUGAGGUGGAAGAAAAGGCACAGAAAUCAGUGGUUGCUAUAAAACGUCCAAAGAUGACUGAAGUUGAAGAUUAUGAAAUAUGGAAAAAUCGAAUGCUGGCUAUGUCGCGUUUGGAAUUGGCGCACAGAGAAGAUAAAACUAUCGAUGAUAAGGAAAACUUAAAAAGCGAGUUAUCUACAUAAAUAGUUUGUUAGUCAUAACUUUAGUUUUUAAUUGUAAGAUUUAUUUAUUAUUUAAACAAUACAAAUUAUAAUUAGUAAAAAAACUUUUUAAAUACAAAUUUAUUAAACUCA